ACAUGUACCCCACACCCUUCUCACCUAGGGCUUUUGGUCUUUAUUGUCGCUACGUCUGACACGCUGGGAUUGACCCGGCCCUCUCUGUUCUAUACUACAUGUGAGCGGUAACCGAUUGGGGUGACUCCGCCAACAAUCGAACCUCGUGUCCCUUCGAUGACUCCGCCUAUCCCGCCCGAGCUGACACCCGAGCGUUAUUACAUCACCAGAGGCAUUGCAUUUCGCGGCUCUUACGGCUUCGCUCUGGCCGCACUAUCGGUCGAGAUCAACCCCCCCCCCCUCCGAGGCCCUAUCUUGUCGUCCCAGGUAAUGCCAUAGAUAACCAUGGCGGUCCUGAGGUUCACACUGGGCGAGGAGGGCGUCGACGUCCUAAGAGAAGCCUUAGCCUGCCUCGGUAAAUUCAGCGACGAAGUCUCCCUCGAGGCUAAGAAGGACAGGUUAGUUUUCACGACAUUAAAUCUCUCAAAAUCGGCAUAUGCUUCCUUCUCAUUCGCCGCCAACCGAUUCUUCACCAAGUACCAUUACGAAGGAGAAACCCAGCACAGUGAUAAGUUCUUUUGCAAGCUGUAUAACAGAGCCCUACUGUCUCUCUUCAGAAUCAGGAGUGGCGACAGCCUGCGCGAGAAAGACACUACAAUCGACCGUUGCCACGUCGCUAUAGUAGAUGAGGUGGGGAAAAGGAGCCAAUUCAUCGCCAAGAUUGUGUUUCGAAAUGGAAUCACAACCAAAUACCGUCUGCCGUUUGAAGUCAGCCCCCCGGUGCACGCCAAAUUCGACAAGGAAGAGGCGAUUAACCAUUGGUCUAUCCCGUCCCGCACCCUGCGCCAGCUGAUGGAUCACUUCGGUCCGGGCAUAGAGUAUCUUGAUAUCCACUCCAAGGGUGAGGACGUCGUCAACUUCACUUGCUUCAGCGAAAAGGUUAAAAAUGGCGAAGAGGUCCUCAAGAAGCCCCUGCACACAUCUGUCGCCGUCGAACGAGAUGAGUUUGAAGACUUCGUAGUCGAAGAAGACAAGCUUCAUAUCAUCAUCAGUGUGAAGGACUUCAGGGCAAUCGUCUUCCAUGCUGGCUCGCUCGGAAGUCAAAUCUCUACGUGCUAUUCGGUGCCCUCCAAGCCGAUGCAGCUUAGGUACGAUGGUGAUGGAAUCAAGUGUGAAUUCCUCCUCAUGACCGUUGGCGAAAGGAGAGCUUCCGGCCGGAAAGCCAAGGCAAACCGUGGCAACGUCAGGGGGCCGAAGCCACCGCAACUCGAGGCGGCGAUUAGUAGGGCUACUUCACACGCGCCCACGCCAGCUCCUCCAUUGCCACCGCAAACUCAGGUAUCGCGACCGGAGCCGGUACCUUCUUUGAGACCGCCUAUUGCCCGCCCUUCCCAACGACCGCCCCCGGCCACAUUCGAAUCCGAAUCGCUUUUUGUACCUCAAGACGACGAACGUCAAUGGGAUCCUGUGAACGUCGGCGAGGACGAAGACGGGGAGGAGAACGCCCGGCUAGAAUGGGACGUGAGCGGAGACUUGCACCCGUCCGCGGUGAAUAUGAGAUCCAUAAUGGCGAAUCGGAGCGCCGCCCCAGCGCCAAACCGUGCCGACACCAACAACGCUAAUGACUAUGACCAGAAUAACUUCGAGCCGACGCAACAUCUCUCGCAGGUCCGCAGGUUUGGGCUCUUCGGUGACUAGGGGGUAAGGCGAGAGUUGUUGGCUUCGUCCUCGACCAGUGUGUGCAUAUGUGCGCAUGUGGUGACUG